ACCAGCUUUUCGAGGAGCUCGGCAAGGGUGCCUUUUCAGUGGUCCGAAGGUGUGUGAAGAAAACAUCUACACAGGAAUAUGCAGCAAAAAUCAUCAAUACUAAGAAGUUGUCAGCCCGAGAAGUGUGGAGCUGCAGGCUGGGGUUGCGACUCGGUUGGUGGAGUGCAUACUUGGCAUGUACUGGGUCCUAGAUCAGAUCCAUACGUAAGUGAGGUGUGGUCAUACCUAUGAUGCCAAUACCUAAGAGGUUGGGGGAUCGCAAGUUCAAGAGCAGCCUCCCUCACCAAAAAUAAAAACAUACAUUCAUGCAUACUUACAUGGAUGAAUGGAUGGAGCUCCUCCCAGGUGAGUGACUGGCUCGUUUACCUCCUUUGGGUCCUAAUCGAAUGUCAUUUCUUUACUGAGGCACCCCCUGAACACCUUACUUAUUAAACUUAGCGCUUUCUUCCUUCUCUGCUCUGUUUUUCUGCAUAACACUUAACUUCAGCGUCUGCUGUGCCGACUUUCUUUCCCCCACCACUGUUUCCUGACAUAGAAUGGGAACUCCAUGAGGGUAGGGAUUCCUGACCGGCUUGUUCAUCGGUGUUUUCCAGUGUUCAGAGCAGUGCCUCUCAGGGUGAAGGCCUCGAGGAAUACUUUGAGAGGGCAUGAGUGAGGCUCAGGUGCUUGUAAUAACUUUGUGGAAUGGCAGCCCUUCCAAAACCAAUAUGUUAAUUGUUCUACCUUGUGGCUUAGACUCAGAGCAAAGACCAAAGCCUGGCUCUGGGGUUCCAAGAAUAUAUGAGCCUUGCCAAGAGACUGAGGCUUGGCUUCCUGGAGUUAGGCUUGAACUAAGUGGUGAGAGGAGGCCCCUGGACCUUGGGCAGACCCCUUCAAGGAGCUGAGAGACUCGUCUCUCUCUGCUCUGAGUCACUGGUGAAGCAGUGCGCAUCCUUAUUGUUAGUGCUGAUGCUGCGGUGGGGCUGUACCCUUAGCCAGUAAGAGACACGAGAGGAGGUAAGCAUUAAUCUUCCGGGCCUCCCCUCGGUUGCCACCUCUGCAUUGCCCCACACCUGUCCCACGAGGGUGCUGAGGUGAGUGGUCAGAGAUGGGGUGGGUGGGUCUGCAGCUGGCACAGCUGGCUUGCUUGGUGCCUUGGUCUCAAGACUGGGGCUGGGAGAAGAUGUGGGUUCUCCCGGUUGUUUGGCCAGAUAUGGGAGGAGGAAACUCACCAUCCCCAUCAAACAGGUUUAUUGCUGCUCUUUUGAGUGUUUCUGUAGGUGGAAGUCUCCAGCCACGUUCUGUCUGGGACCAGAGAUACCAGGAAAUGUUGGGAAUUAUCCAGGGUUCUCCUGGCUAAAUCCUGGUCAUUGGCUGUGCUGAACCUGAAGAUCAUCAAAAACUAGAACGAGAAGCCCGGAUAUGCCGCCUUCUGAAACAUCCAAACAUUGUGUUACCGGAGGGGAGCUGUUUGAAGACAUUGUGGCCAGAGAAUACUACAGCGAAGCUGACGCCAGCCACUGUAUACAUCAAAUUCUGGAGAGUGUUAACCACAUCCACCAGCAUGACAUCGUCCACCGGGACCUGAAGCCUGAGAACUUGCUGCUGGCAAGUAAAUGCAAGGGUGCUGCGGUCAAGCUGGCUGAUUUUGGCCUCGCCAUUGAAGUGCAGGGAGAGCAACAGGCUUGGUUUGGUUUCGCUGGCACCCCAGGUUACUUGUCCCCUGAGGUCUUGAGGAAAGAUCCCUAUGGAAAACCUGUGGAUAUCUGGGCCUGCGGGGUCAUCCUGUAUAUCCUCCUGGUGGGCUACCCUCCCUUCUGGGAUGAGGAUCAGCACAAGCUAUAUCAGCAGAUCAAAGCUGGAGCCUACGAUUUCCCAUCACCAGAAUGGGACACAGUGACUCCUGAAGCUAAGAACUUGAUCAACCAGAUGCUGACCAUAAACCCAGCAAAGCGUAUCACAGCUGACCAGGCUCUCAAGCACCCAUGGGUCUGUCAACGAUCGACAGUGGCAUCCAUGAUGCAUCGCCAAGAGACGGUGGAGUGCUUGCGCAAAUUCAAUGCCCGGAGAAAACUGAAGGGUGCCAUCCUUACCACCAUGCUCGUCUCCAGAAACUUUUCAGCUGCCAAAAGCCUAUUGAACAAGAAGUCAGAUGGCGGUGUCAAGCCACAGAGCAACAACAAAAACAGUCUCGUAAGCCCAGCCCAAGAGCCCGCGCCCUUGCAGACGGCCAUGGAACCACAAACCACCGUGGUGCACAAUGCUACAGAUGGGAUCAAGGGCUCCACAGAGAGCUGCAAUACCACUACAGAAGAUGAAGACCUUAAAGCUGCCCCGCUCCGCACUGGGAAUGGCAGCUUGGUGCCCGAAGGACGGAGCCCCCGGGACAGAACAGCCCCCUCUGCAGGCAUGCAGCCCCAGCCUUCUCUCUGCUCCUCAGCCAUGCGAAAACAGGAGAUCAUUAAGAUCACAGAACAACUGAUCGAAGCCAUCAACAAUGGAGACUUUGAGGCCUACACGAAGAUUUGUGACCCGGGCCUCACUUCCUUUGAGCCAGAAGCCCUUGGUAACCUCGUGGAGGGGAUGGAUUUCCAUAAGUUUUACUUUGAGAAUCUCCUGUCCAAGAACAGCAAGCCCAUCCAUACCACCAUCCUAAACCCCCACGUCCACGUGAUUGGGGAGGACGCAGCUUGCAUCGCCUAUAUCCGGCUCACCCAGUACAUCGACGGGCAGGGUCGACCUCGCACCAGCCAGUCGGAGGAGACCCGGGUGUGGCACCGCCGAGAUGGCAAGUGGCUCAAUGUUCACUAUCACUGCUCAGGGGCCCCUGCCGCACCACUGCAGUGAGCUCAGCCACAGGGGCAUCAGGAGAUUCCAGCUGGAGGUUGAACCUUCGCAGCCAGUGACUCUGGGGGGCCUGAGUGACAGCGGCAGUCCUGUUCGUUUGAGGUUUAAAACAAUUCAAUUACAAAGCGGCAGCAGCCAAUGCACGCCCCUGCAUGCAGCCCUC